CGACCACUCCACCCGGCCGAGCUCAACCCUCCGCGCCGCACCGGACGGUCGCACCCCCCGCGUCUCCCACAUCCCCGGCGGCUGCUCCCCCUCGCCUCCGACGGUCGGUCGCCGCCGCCCCCCCCCCCCCGAGCCUCCGUGACGCGCGCGGCAAACAUGUACCGCAUCGCCGGGAGCCACCUCCGUUCUCUCAAGAGACAUGGUUCUAGUAGGUUUGCUAGUACAAGUAUUGUGAAGCAGUCUUCAGGUGGUUUGUUUGGCUGGCUUCUUGGGGACAAGCCGAGCCAACUGCCUCCUCUUGAUGUCCCUCUCCCGGGUAUUACCCUUCCUCCACCGCUGCCAGACUUUGUUGAACCAUCUAAAACAAAAGUCACCACCCUCCCGAAUGGCAUCAAAAUUGCUUCAGAAACUUCAGUGAGUCCAGCAGCAUCUGUGGGACUGUAUAUUGACUGUGGUUCUAUGUAUGAAACACCUGCUUCAUCUGGAGCAUCACAUCUGUUGGAGAGAAUGGCGUUCAAGAGCACUACAAACAGGAGCCAUUUGCGGCUAGUACGUGAGGUAGAAGCCAUUGGAGGGAAUGUCUCUGCAUCAGCCUCUCGUGAACAAAUGUGCUACACCUAUGAUGCAUUCAAGGCGUAUGUACCUGAGAUGGUUGAAGUGCUUAUUGAUAGUGUGAGGAAUCCAGCCUUUUUUGACUGGGAGGUUAAAGAGCAGCUGGAGAAGAUCAAGGCUGAAAUAGCUGAAGUAUCUGAAGAUCCUCAAGGUUUACUUCUAGAGGCACUCCAUUCUGCUGGCUAUUCUGGGGCACUGGCGAAACCCCUAAUGGCACCUCAAUCCGCUAUACAUAGGUUGGACAGUAGUAUCCUUGAGGAAUUCAUUGCUGAAAAUUAUACAGCACCUAGGAUGGUCCUUGCAGCAUCAGGAGUUGAACAUGAUGAGUUAGUUUCAAUUGCUGAGCCACUUCUGUUAGAUCUUCCAAGUGUGAAACAUCCAGAAGAGCCUAAAUCAGUUUAUGUGGGAGGAGACUAUCGUUGUCAAGCGGACUCUGACAAGACACAUAUUGCUCUUGCUUUUGAAGUGCCAGGUGGAUGGUAUGAAGAGAAAACUGCAAUCAUUGUUACUGUUCUUCAGAUGCUUAUGGGAGGAGGUGGUUCUUUCUCUGCUGGUGGUCCUGGGAAGGGCAUGCAUUCUCGAUUGUAUCUCCGGAUAUUAAAUAACUAUCAUCAGAUCGAGUCAUUCUCUGCAUUCAACAGUAUCUACAACCAUUCUGGUCUUUUUGGAAUCCACACAACAACUAGCCCAGAUUUCGCUUCCAAGGCUGUGGAUUUGGCAGCACGAGAGCUCCUUGACGUUGCUACACCUGGACAAGUUACACAAGAACAGCUUGAUCGAGCAAAACAGGCAACCAAGUCUGCAGUUUUGAUGAAUUUGGAAUCAAGAGCUGUAGCAUCUGAAGACAUUGGGCGGCAGAUUUUGACAUAUGGGGAAAGGAAACCCAUUGAGCAUUUUUUGAAAGAUCUUGAAGCAAUCACCUUGAAUGACAUUUCUUCUACUGCCAAGAAGAUAAUUUCUUCGCCCCUUACACUGGCAUCGUGGGGCGAUGUUAUUCAUGUCCCCAGCUAUGAAUCUGUUAGCCAGAAGUUUUUCUCAAAGUAAGCAAAAGGUUAUUACAUGACUUGCCCGGUUGCCCCGAUCUCAAGAUGCAGAUGUGUUACUCUACUGGUCCUUGCCCUAACCACUGGAAUUCACUGGAAUAAAUUAUCUAGACUUUCUUGUAUGUUUUAAGCAAAUAAUAGUCAUACUCAUAUGGCAAUGAUGUUUUAAGCAGGUUAUAGUCAUACUCAUAUAGAUCUGUCUGCAUCAGGCUGGAACCCCUUUUUAUUGGCCUUUUUUUUUGGUAUCGUGCUGAGCACAUCAUAACUGGCCUUUUCGGCGGCAGAGAUAUUUAGUUCAAGCCUAUACGUUAUGAAAUCAUCUUGACGUUUUCUUAACCUUCACGGUAAGCUGAUGCUCGAAUGUUUUAACUCAGUUCCCCAAGGCCAUCACGUAUCAAUGUUACUUUUUCGGCACGGUCUAAGCCUGAAAUACAGCUUUACGUAGCUAUAAUCUUCUUCCUCAUCACGUCUUCUAGAACACAAGUCAUUCUUCCGUAUCCUGAUGUAAUUUUCUCUGUGAUCUGAUUUUAUGUUGGUGUGUGUGUUGGUAUCAGUUGGCCCCGCGGGUUUCAAUAACUGACGCCGUGUCUGUUUAUACGGUUAUACCCGAUGUCUGCACUGGUAUGGGCCUGUGUGGUGCAC